AUGUCUUUAAAAUAUAUUGAUACUGCAAGGAAGAUUCUCUGCAUUGGUCGUAAUUAUGCAGCACACAUUCAAGAAUUGAACAAUGCUACACCACUGCAACCAUUUUUCUUUUUGAAGCCUUCAUCAUCGGUAUUAAAACCCAAUGAUGGUCCGUUUCUUGUUCCUAAAGGAGUUGUUGUUCAUCAUGAAGUUGAGUUGGCCUUUACGUUAAACAAAACAUUGAAAAACUUACCUUCCACUUUUUCUGCAGAAGAAGCCUUGGAUUGCAUCGAAGGUUAUGCACUUACCAUUGAUAUGACUGCAAGGAAUGUUCAAGAUGAAGCAAAGAAGAAGGGAUUACCUUGGUCUAUUGGUAAAGGGUUUGAUACCUUCUUGCCUGUUUCCAACUUUAUUGCUAAGAAUCGUAUACCUGACCCUUAUAAUGCUGAGUUGAUCUUGAAGAUUAAUGGUGAGGUGAAGCAACAAGAUAAGACUAAUUUAAUGAUCUUCCCUAUUCAUAAAAUCUUGAGUCACAUGUCUGCCAUUAUGACCUUAGAAAAGGGUGACUUGAUCUUGACAGGUACACCCAAGGGAGUUGGGGCUGUUUGUCCUGGAGAUAAGAUUGAGGCUUAUAUCAAGGUUGGUAAUGAAGUCAUUGAGUCAAUUGUUGUUGAUGCGGAACAGAAACCAGGUCCUUAUUCAUAUAAAGAAAUAUAG